GAUGACGUGUACAAUUUCAGUUUACUGAGGAGCUGGUUUCGUAGAGGCGAUUUCUUUAAUAUCAGAAACACGCUUCUUCCCGUCAAACAGGCUGGGAUCUUGGAUGGAGUGAGUGUUGAGCCCCAAUGAGAUGACUGACCAGGGCAACAACAACCAGCAUAUCUCCCGCAACCCCUUUGCUGCUCUCUUCAGCUCAGUCGCUGAUGCCAAGCAAUUUGCAUCUGGGCAGAAACCCGAACAGUCUGCUGAACCAUUGGAGGACUCGGGAGAGAGCCAUUCAGAGUCGGAAAACUCUGUUUCGGACAGCGUUGAUGAAAAUGACGAUUCCGUGGCAGAGAUCAGUCGCUCCUUCCGGUCCCGGCAGGAGCUGUGUGAACAGCUCAAUGUCAAUCACAUGAUCCAGAGGAUAUUUCUCAUCACUCUGGACAACAGUGACCCCAGUCUGAGAGGAGGUAAUGGGAUCCCCCCUCGCUGUGUUUACCUGGAGGAGAUGGCUUCAGAUCUGGAUGGACAGGACUGGCUGGACACGGAUAACAUAGAACAGGCUUUGUUCAACCGUCUGCUGGUGCUAGAGCCGGGGAACAACCUCAUCUACAUGACGUCGUGCAGCGCUGUCAACCUGUCAGCUGACCGUGACGCUGGAGACACGAGUGCCAUCCGUUACCUCUUCGCCUGUUACCAGAGGUCCAAAGAAGAGGUGACGAAGGUCCCGGAGAAGUUGCUGUCGUUCGCUGUACGCUGUAAGAACCUGACAGUUUCCAACACACGCACAGUUCUGCUCACCCCAGAGAUCUACGUCACACAGAACAUCUAUGAACAGCUUCUGGACUUGUUGCUGGAAGGUUUCCGCGCAGCACAGCCAGAAGAGGUGUUUGAGUUUUUGGAGGAGAUCAUUGCUGGCCUGCUCUCCGACCAGGAGGUGCGCACCUUUGGGGAGGUUAUAGUACCGGUGCUGGAUAUUUUCCAGGGACGCAUCAAAGACCUGGACCUGUGCCAGCCUCUCCUCUACUCCUACCUAGACGUCCUGCUCUACUUCAGCCACCAUAAAGAUAUUGCCAAGGUGUUGGUGGAACACAUUCAGCCCAAAGACCCAGCUAAUGGUUUGCAGUACCAGAAGACCCUGCUGGGAACAGUGUUGAGUAUCUCCUGCUUGUUGAGAACCCCAGGUGUGGUGGAGGGACAUGGCUACUUCCUGAACCCCUCCCGCUCCAGUGCCCAGGAGACAAAGGUCCAGGAGGCCAACAUCCACCAGUUUAUGGGUCAGUUUCAGGAAAAGCUUCACCAGAUUUUGAAAAACCUGCUCCAGCGAUCCAGUGAGACGCGCCACUUGCUGCUCUCGUGGUUGGGCGGCUGUCUGCAGGCUAACGCCGGCCGGGCCAAGAUAUGGGCCAAUCAGAUGCCAGAGAUCUUCUUCCAGAUGUACGCUUCAGAUGCAUUCUUCUUAAACUUGGGUGCAGCACUGCUGAAGCUGUGCCAGCCCUUCUGCCGGCCGCGGUCACCCAAACUCCUGACCUUUAACCCCACCUACUGUGCCCUCAAAGAGCUGAGCGAGGAAGAGAGGCGCAAUCGCAAUGUGCACGCAAGAGGUCUCGACAAGGAAACCUGUCUGAUCCCUUUGCCCCCCCAGCAGCCGGUGGAGUCUGCGCAGUCGUACAGCCUGCUGACCGAAAACCUCAUCCUCACACAACUCACCAUGCAUCUCGGCUUCCACAGACUCCACGAGCAGAUGGUGAAGAUGAACCAGUCUCUCCAUCGGCUCCAGGUGACGUGUCAGGACGCCCAGCGAUCGGGCAACCCCAUGUCGGAUCAGCUGCUGGAGCAGUUUGAGCGUCUGAUGAUUGUUUACCUGUCUACCAAAGCUGCCACCACUCAGCCCGCCAUGCUGCAAUGCUGCCUUAGCCUCCAAGCUUCCUCGGCUGCGCUGCUCGUUCAGCUGGGUGUGGGGAACCAGGGGCCUGAACAUGUAGCACUCAGUUUCCCCCUGCCCCCCCUACAGAACACUGUGCUCUGCUACGUACCAGAGUUCUUUGCAGAAAACAUGGGAGAUUUUUUCAUCUUCCUGCGUCGAUUUGCUGACGAUGUUUUGGAGACUUCUGGAGAAAAUCUGGAGCAGAUUCUUAACUUCAUCACUGUCUUCAUGGGAAACAUAGAGAGGAUGAAGAACCCUCAUUUAAGAGCAAAGCUGGCGGAGGUCCUAGAGGCGGUGAUGCCCCACAUGGAGCCGGUGGCUUCUGGUGCUAUUCAGCCAGUCGUGUUCCAGCGAGAGAGAGCCUUCUGCUCCUAUAGACACGCACCUGAGCUGGCCGAGGCCCUCAUCUCUGUGUUUGUAGACAUAGAGUUCACAGGUGACCCUCAUCAAUUCGAACAGAAAUUCAACUACAGGAGACCCAUGUAUCCCAUCCUCAAGUACAUGUGGACAAAAGAAAGCUACAGAGAGAGUAUCAAGCACUUGGCGCACUAUGCAUCUGAGAACCUGGAGGCCAUGAACCCCCCUCUGUUCCUCAGGUUCCUGAACCUCCUGAUGAAUGAUGCCAUCUUCCUACUGGAUGAGGCUAUUCAGUACCUGAGUAAAAUCAAGGUCCUUCAGUUGGAGCGGGACAGAGGGGAGUGGGAAGGCCUGGCCCCCGAUGCCCGGAGAGAGAAGGAGUCGAGCCUGCAGAUGUUGGGACAGCUGGGACGCUUCCACAACAUCAUGUCAAAUGAGACCAUCGGCACCCUGGCCUUCCUCACAUCAGACACAAAGCUUCCUGCUCCAAUCCACACGCUGUCUCGGGGAUGGACAGACACCACACUGCCCAUCAAUAAAAUCACCAUGCUGUGUCUGCAACUCCCAUAG